AUGUGCGGGGUUUUCAACACGAUGUGUAUUUUGUCGUUAGUAUGUGUAGUACCAUCUCCAGGUUUUGUUGCAGACACUUUUCAUUUGUACUCCUCGUCUGAUAAAGUAUCGCUUCAAACAGGUGCCAUUGUACUUGUCAGGAAGAAUAAGUCGCUAUUCUUCAAACUUAUGGAAGGCAGAAACUUAGCAUCCCUCAUCACUAUCUCGUGCAUGUUCUUCUCACUUUUUCGGCUUACUAUCUCGACAAAACGUAGUCCUUCAUCGAACACUCCUAUUCCCCUGACCUAG